AGUACUGCGGCAGCCAGCUAGUUAAGCCUCGGGUUAAUGAGUAAUUUGAAGACAAAAAAAUACCAAAAACGUCAAUGCAUUCUCACGUUUUCUAAUUAGACUCGUCAGGAAAUUCGCCUCGCAUCAUGUCGACCGACACUUAUGAUGAUGACUUUGAUAAGUAUGACAAGCCGGGUGCUGAGCGGUCACGGCGGAGAAGGGGCGAAGAAGACGAUUUGGACAGUGACCUGGAGGAAGAUUUGUUGGGGGAGGAUUGGCUACCAGGUAAAAAGACUACUCCAGGAGCAUCCGAUGAAGAGCUAAAUGAUGACCUUCUACAAAGUGAUGAUGAUGAUGACAAUCAAAAUAUGAGCGGCCAGGAUGUGAGCAUGGGCACAUCCUAUGACCAGCAGGAGAACCUGGAGGAGGGUGACUACACAGAUGACAUUGUGAACCUGAGCACAGAACCCUACGAGGAAGGGGCCACAGAGGAGGCGGGCUACCUGCAAGAAGGGGAGGAUGAGUACACAGAAGAAUACGCUGACGAGUUGGAGAUGCACGAAGACCAAAUGGAAUACUCUGGAGAACUAGCUGAGGGUGACGAAAGCUACCAGGAUGAAGUGUUAGACAUCCAAAUCAAUGAGCCCAUAGACAGUGAAUUUCAAGAUGAUGAAUACACAGCAGACUAUGCUGAUGAACCUCUAGAUGAGGAGGGAGCCCAACACGAGGAGGCCCUCAGGGAAGAGGGUGAGAUGGGGGUGGAGCAGCAGGAGGAGCAAGAAGAUACUGCCGCUAGCUCCCAGCUCCUGGAAUCAGAGGAGGUUGAGACCGAAGCCGAGCCAGAGGAAGAAGCCAAGGAGGAAUCGGAUGAAGAGGAAGAUGAAGAUGAAGAGUCUGGUCGCUUACGGUUUAAAUCUGAGAGAAAAGACAUCUCCGUCGUGCGGUUGGCUGAUGCAGGAAGUAAAAGAAGAAACAUCCCUGAAACGCUGGAGCUCUCAGAACAGGCUAAGGCAGAUUUAAUGCAAUUUGAGGAGCAAGAGAGACAGAAGAAACAUGGCCGUUCCGGAGGUCGCGGCAGAGGGGGUGGAAGAGGUAGAGGACGUGGGGGCUUCCAAGGGUUUGGCAUGGCAGGUUUCCGGAAUGACGGAGGAGGAAGAGGGAGGUUGAAUGACCAGAGGCUUCCGCUAAUGUCAAAUUUGGGAAUGCAGCCUUCAAGACUGCCUCCUCCUCACCACCCUCAAUAUCAGCAGCAGCAGUCCCAGCAGCACCACCACCAUCAGCACGUCCCAGGCCUCCGAGGGCCUUCUGCCUUUCAAGAGCACAGGGGCCCGCAGGUCCAACCACCCCUGCCGCCCCUCAUCCCUCCCCAUAUGACCCACCGCUCACCGCCAGUGCGGUCUCAGAUGGAUCUACCCCCACGCAUGAUGGGGUCCACGCCACCCGGCUUCAACCAACAACACCAGCCACAACAGCAGUCUCCACAGCCCAAAAACAUCCACAUCAACCCCCACUUCAGAGGCCCCGCCUCUUCCCCCGUACAAGUGCCCUUGAUGCCUCCUGCUCAGAGCCAGCCCAGACCUGCUGUGGGUACACAGAGGUUCCCUGGACCUGGAGACUUCCAGCAGCACAUGCCUGGUAAUUUUGGCCAGCCCCAGAGGCCCCCUCAUCACAUGGAGCCCUUUAGGAACCAGCCGCAUGCACCUCCCCAGGACAGAGAGCCCUUCUUUAUCGGUGAGCCCCGAUUUCCUGGGCAGCACAUAUAUGACCACCAGGGCCCUGGCUCCCUGAUGAACAACAGCAACAACAACCAGCAGCAGCUGCCUGGCCAGGGCCUCAUGGGGUUCAGCCAACAAGGGCCAGGUUUCAACCAGCAGGGCCCGGGCCCUCUAGGUCUGUUCCAAAGGGACACUCCCAGACCGAAUCUCCCUCCACAGGGCCCCCAGGGGAUAGUCAGCAUGAAUCCACAUGGUAACCCUCCCAAUGAACCCAGGCCCUUCAUGGGCCCUCGCCCACCCUUUGGCCAGCAGCAGGGGAACCCUUUCGCCCCUCCUCAGCUCCAGUUUGGGAUGCAGGUACGACUGAGAGGCUUGUUGCAUGGCCCUCCUCUCCCCCAGCUCCCGCAUCAUGACCAGCUGCCCUCCCAUCAGCCUCUGCAUCAUCAGCAACAGCAUCACAGGCAGGACCUGCCCCAUCCACAGCAACAACCGCAUCAGCACCAGCUCAGUCUCAAUGAGCAGCGCCCCAUGAUGCACCACGGCCCAAGCCCCUUCCACCAACAGCAGGUUCACGGCUGCCCCAGGCACUUGACUCCUCGUACCCAGAACCCCCAACAGCGUAAUGUCUCCAACAGACCGAGGAUGAGCCCUCCCGCCCCCAAACAACAAAUGCAAAUCCUUCCUCAGCGCAACAGCAACCUCCGGGAGCUCCCAGUAGCACCUGGCAACGCAACAGUGAACAAUGCCCACCCCGCCUCCAACGUCAGGCCUGUUGCCAAGGCAACGCAAGUGGUGCGACCUGGGCCGAGCGCUCACCCAGUGUUUAGCGGUGGCAGAGGAAGAGGCCAAGCUGUUGCCAAGACUGCACCGCAGUCCAGGGCAACAGGCAGGACAGUGGUUCGGAAGGAAGUCCCAAGUGCACUAUCCAACAUGGCAGCGGAGGACCCGGAUGAGGACGAGGAGACACGGCAGUAUCGCCUGAAGAUCGAGGAGCAGAAGCGGCUCAGAGAGGAGAUUCUACGGAGGAAGGAGAUCCGACGGCAGAUGCAGGCUGGCGUCCGCAAAAAGGAGCUGCUGGAGAGGAUCAACGCCCAGGCAAACACCCAGAGCCAGGGGCAGGCUCCCUCACAGAACCCCUCCGCCCAACAACAACAACAGCAGCAGCAGCAGCAGCAAACACUACAGCUCCAACAUCAACAACAGCCAAUGCUACAACAGCCACUACUACAACAACAACAGAGACAGUUGUCCCACAGACCCCAACAGCCACAAAGAAACCCCAACCAAGCAGCAACCUGCCCCCCUAAUGGAAUCCCCCAGGCCCCUCUAUCCCGUCCCAACGUCAAGACCCGCCUGCAAAUGGAACAGGCAGGCCCGCUGCAACAGAACCAGGAACCUGCUCCAAACCAGCAGUGGCAGCAGCAACAACAACAGCUGAGGCUGCAGCAGCAACAGAGAAGGAACAGUGUUCAGCGGAACCCCAACAGACCUGGUAAUCCCCAGGUAGCUCAAAGGAACAUGCUCACCCAUGGUGCUUUCCCAGUGGGCCCUGCUCAGUCUCAUUCUCAGAUUCAGGGAGCUAAGCCUGGAGUGAAGAGAACGGUGAUGCAGCGGGCCAGGAGUGCUAGUAGUGAAGGCCUGCAAGUUCCACAAAAAGUCCGACUUGUGAAACUCUCAGGAGCGGGUAGAAAAGGACUGGAUGCCACGAGUCCAGUGCCACAGCAGGGCACCCAGACAGCACCCCAGCUCAUCCAAGGCCCUCAGAGAACGGUCACUAUGGCCAACACUGGCACUGGACAGGAGCUACAGGGUCUGGGCCUUACACCACAGGCUAGCCGAGGGGGAAUGGGAAACCCUCAAAACAACAGGGUGGUCGUUCCGGGCCGGGGCAGAGGAGGAGCAGGGCUAGGGGGCGGACAGAUGGGCCGUGGCCGUCCGAUGUCGACCCGACAGAACCAAAGAGGCUUAGAGAACCAUGCCUGCACCGUGUCUAUAGAGGGCCUCUCCUCAUCCACCACAGACAUUCAGCUGAAGAACCUUCUUAGCUCUAUCGGACCCAUACAGAUGUUUAAAAUGCUGCCCCAGCAGAGGAAAGCCAUCGCCAGAUAUACCAAUCCCCAGCAUGCCUUGAGUUUUCAAAUGAGCUUCCACAGGCACAUGAUUGACUUGUCCCACAUUGAUGUGUCGUUGAUUGACGAAUGAGGGACGUGAUAGAGCAAAGCAAGUCCUCACAGAAGGCAGGGCUUUCUUCAGCAAGGGCAGGAGCUCACGUGGGUCCCUAGCAAGACAUAGCAGCAGUUUCUCUCUCCUUUAGAGCCACUCAGUCAACGUACUCCGCACACGACCACCUGUCUUCAGUCAUCGUCUGCUGACCAGGAACAAUGAAAGCGUCGACCCGGGCUGCAUGCGUUGCCUGUGGUUGAAACUGUGACUAAUAUUGUUAAACUGCACCAGAGAAAUGCUGGACAGUUACUCAAGUCAGAUUCUGUCUCAUAUCUCCCCAGUUUGUAGAAAGCUUUGUGUGCCAUACAUAGACACUCCGUUCACACGGGAUAAUGGUUGCCUCCUUCAGCAGUUAAGAUCCAUGAUAGUUAAUAAGCCGAGGUGGUGUAGUUUUAAAUUUUAUUUAUUUAUUUAUUUUUUCUUUGUUCCAGUUUAGUUUUCAGUCUUGUUUCUGCCAUGCUGUUUGGUUUGGAUACAGAGUACAGUCAUAGUAGAUUGUGGCCAACUUGUUUUGCAUGGGCAAUUGGCAAUGUUUUUUGCUUCCUGUAGAUGGCAGUAUUUCAUCACUAUUCUGGCUUUAUUUUUUCAACCGAACGGCUUCAGGUAGAGGUUGGUCUUUGGGUGAAUGGCACUGCCUAGUGGAGAACUUGCAUUAAGGCACUUUGCUGGCCCUUAUGUGCGGAUUUAUGACUGUUAUGACGGGUACCAUCAAAAGACUGACAUCGCAUCCAAACAGGUUUCUCGAUUUCAUCCAGAUGUGUCUGCUAACUCCUAGUGGCUUUGGAAAGGGUACAUAUUGUCCAUACUUGGUAGAUUGUUGUUCUCUCCAGUUAAAAGCGGUUUCUCUGAUAAAUUGGUUGAAGUUUCUAGCUCACAUUAAGGCUACUAUCCUUUGCACUUCGUUUUACCUGAUCAUUUAAUCAGCAUGGUCCUUUGUUCUGAAGCUGGAUUUUGCUUUUUAACUGAUGGCACGUAUAUGUUUAGGAAAUGUCUUUCUGCAUUUAUUCCAGUAGUGUUUACGAUCCAUCUUUAAGUUGUUUGGCCCCAAGCUUCAGAAAAAUUACUUGUCUGCAUUUCUUUUCUGUACCAAGUGUUGUAUGAAUGCAGGUGUGGGUGAGUGGUUCAGAUUUGUUUUACAAUUAGGAUCGGAAAGUAUUGGUCAUAAUUAAACAUACACCGUAUUGUCACAUUUUUGAGAGAUCAUUCGGGAUGCCUUUCAUUCCUUGUCAGACUUAACAGACACUGCUGACAUUGCUGAGGUAGGGUCUAGAUUUGACAUUUCCUGGACGGCACAAUUGGGUUUUAGUAACAUCCGUUGAUAGAUUGUUGUCUUCUCAGUGAGUUGCAUCAUAUAGUCGUAGUGUAUAUUGAUUAAUGUAGUUCACACAAGCUAUUGAUCGUUUUCUUCCCCAUUUUCUUCUUUGUAGUAAAACAGAUUUUUGUUUUAUUCAGGCUCACAUACAGUGUCCCUUUUUAUAGCAAAGCUUUUCUCUUAAAUUUUUAGUUGCUUUGGCACAUUGAUUACCAUUCGAUCCAUUUGAAAUAUACUCAGAUACGCCUCAUACUCGUACAUGAAGCAACAAUUGCUUUAAGGUUUUAAUCGUCAUCGACAGAAAAGGGGCUUGUAAGUAGAUGAGACACUUGUAACAACAUCCCCAUGUCCCCUAAAGAUUAGACACUUGCUUGGGCAGUGCCAUCACAUCCCUGAAUAUAUCUUUAGUUCCCCGCAUACUUAGUUUAGUUUGGGUUUUUUGCUUAAAGAUGACGUCAUUAAGUAAUUUUAAAGUAUCCUACUUAUCGCUCAGACGUCUCUCAGAUCUGGUUUUCUUUUGACUUUUGUGGGUAUUUUUGUAUUAAAAAAAGCACAAACAAACAAGGAAUAGUACUAGGUAUACGUACCAAAGCUAAAAACUGCAGCAGAGGUCAAAAGAGCUGUGAAUGAACAUGAUGCAUUGGAAGGUGAGGGGGCAACCAUUAUACACCCAUGUUAGUGAUCAUGUAUAAAAGCAGGCUUGAACUUUCAGCCACUAUUUAUCACUGUUCAAAGCUUUGGAGUUCUCCCGCCCAUGUUGUAUGUAUCAAGUUAUCCUUUUUAUAUGCUGAAGAUAUGCUACUCUGUCCAGACAUUGAUCAUUUUAUGAGUACUUCAUUUGUGUGUAGAACCAAAAGGAAAAAAAAUGACUGGACCAAAUCUCUGUUCGUAAUAUAGUUGACAAACAUUUUAAGGGGAAAUGGAAGAGAAUAAAAAAAUAAUAAAAAUAUGGCAAAUAUACCCUGAACAUGCAGGUAUGUGAAGCCGGUUUAACUUUUCAAGCCCAAAAGGUGUGUGUUUGUCUGUGAUGUCUAUGUGUCUUGAGCCUCAGAGGUUUUUGUGCCAAGAGUUGAUUUUGAUGACCAUGAAUUGUUUUUUGUAUUUUCACAUCCAAAACAUUUCUUUGCACCCGAUGACAGUAUUAAUGUUUUGCACUUUAGUUGUGCGUAUUGCACAACUAAUUUGAAUAUCACGAUUUGAAUUUUUUUUUGUUUUGUUUUGUUUGUGUGUGUGUUUUUUAGAUUUAGUCAAAGAUAUUCACUGAAGGGAUUCUGGACCAGGUAACACAACAUUAUUCAGGUCACUGAAGGGGAAUGCCCUGAAUUUUGGCAUUACAAUUACAUGUUACUGAUUUUAGCCAAAUACUGUGGGAUUUGCAUCAAGUCAAGUCAGUUUUAUUUGUGUAGCCCAAUAUCACAAAUUAAAAAUUUGCCUCAGUAAGUAAACAUUCCCAACUGUCUUCCAUAGUGGGAAAUGAGAGGAGGACAUCUUUAAUUAAGUCUUCUAUAGGUCCGUGAUGUCAACUAAUUGUACGGCUUCACACAACCUAAAAUAGAUCCGCCGAUUGUGACAGUAAAGUUGAACGACUUCCCUUUGGUGCGAGUACCUUUUUCUCGAGUGAGAACCCAGAUCCUCAACUUUGAACCGCGAAAAAAUAGUUUAUUUUUUCGUGUUCAAAGUUAAGGCCGAGUUCAAAAUUCAAGCAAUCUCUGCUGCAAAGUCUGCCAAACUAGUCCAGCGUUUACUGACCAGAGCGAGUCCGAGGCUGUGUAUGUAGACCACAUCACAGUUUAGAUUCGUGAUCCUCCUGUUUCUUCCUCUGGGACAGAGUUGUUUGUGUUGACGCUUACUAACUGGGCUGUCUUAAAUUCCACAAACAAAUUCUUAAACUGAGUGGUAUUCCCCUUAACUUACUACCUCCUACAGAGUUAAAGCACUUAAUAGGUCCGUCGAUGAGUUUUAGACAUGGACACAGCACACAUAGUUUAAAUAUUAAGCAUUAUUUUAUAUAAAGUAUUAAGAUGCACGAGGUCGCCAAGAUGUGGCCGUGUUUGUUGAGAGAUCACAGCGACGGGUUCUUAAACUACUUGUAAACUUUUUACGAGGUUACAUGAUUCUGAAGGGAUUUUUGUAUGUUGUAACUUUUUUCCUCCGAUGACUUGAUUUGUGUUGUAUUCCUUUCCUGUGUUUUGAGUUUAACUGAUGUGUGGAGGUCCUUGUUCCUUGACUAAUGUGACUAAUGUCCACUUUGCUGGGCGUUACCCUUUAUACACUUGGGAUCCAAAGUCCUUGUCUAAUUUUAGUGCUAUAGUAAAUCCUGUGGAUUUGAAAAAGUAUCGGCCAUGCCGUUAAAUAACACCCAUAGUGAUAUGAUUACAGGACAACUUGUCUCGUAAUGUCAGAACAGGUUCACAUUGAACCUAUUUGUAUCUUGCAUUGAAGAAGUCUUCUAUACAUAGCAGCUCAUGCUGGUUUUACAUGCCACUGCUUGCUGUAUAGUAAACAGUAGGCUGUAUUACUAAUGGGAUCUUAGGGUUUUUUUUAUUUUCUUUUGAUGGACUGAAAUUAAUCUGAAAUAUUAAGAUACUCAAUUGAGAACUACCUCGAUGCUGUUAAUCAAACAACUUUACAUGAAAACUUGAGCCGUUUUGUGCCAGACAUUCAUGGUGACGAGUUACGAGGGAUAUUUUCCACACAACGCUAACUUAUGACUUCCUUUUUUUCCAGCAGGUUCCCCUGGCGCCAGACACUGCUGAUUUUUGUAGCUCCGUUGCUGAAUAAUCCUCACUUCCAAGUUUUCUCCUUUCCCUUUAGGUCGGAGCCUCGCCAUGGGAGGCGGCGGCGUAGGGCGGCUCAUACGCAGCAGAGGCGUGUCACAAAACAAGAUCGGUGAUCUGGCGGGGACUUUAAAAAAAAAAAGAAGAAAGAAUUAAAGUUCAUCUAAAAAUCAAACUUCUUCUCAUUUGCAUACACAUAAAGAGAUAUGAGUUCAUGUCCCGGUUAAAGAACUGAUCAUGCUUUGUGGCUUGCUUGUACUUUCUCUGUUUUACACUUUUCCCAGUCUUUUUGCAGGCAUGCAGCCGUGGACCUUUAAUGGCGUUCCUCCAGUUCACUCAUCUCAGUCUUUUGCUCUCUAUAGUUCUGUGUCUGCUGCAGGGACAGGACCGGGCCAGCUGUAUUUCUGUCCAUUACCGCUUGUUCCGUCAUCUUAUUUCGCUCCAUUUAACUGACAGUGGCUGAUGUUUUCCUUGGUGCUGCCUUUGUUCAAUGAACUUAAGACCCCCUGUACCUAGCAGGUUGGCCUACCUGGAUUGCCAUUGUUUGUUAGCCCGGUGGAUGGAGGUUUCGAUCUCUGUGACGACAUCGGGGCUCACAGAGCAGGCACUUUAACUGUAAAGCUGUUCUAUUGUGGCUGCCACGUCACCAAAAACUUAUGCCACCAUCUUGACAUUCAUUGCUUGGUUGGAUUUUUUAAGACACUGCCGUGGUUUUCUACAUGAGCCCGAUAAUGACUGUUUGCCGGAAAUCCACCUUCUGACCACUGACUGCCACUCCUGACAAACAUACUUGUUUGUGUUCGAUACUGACAGUGUCAUGUCCCAAUUUGAUGUUUUUGACCUGUAACAUGAAGUCAGUGUUUUGCUUUUGGUUGUCUUCUAUUAAAUAUUGGGUGAUCAUUCUGCAGCUACUUCCAGUGCAAUAUGUCGAAUUGUGUGUCAUUCAAAGUUGUUUAUCUUUUUAAUACCAAAAACUGGAUGAAAAUAAACUGGAUGUGUACAAGUCUCA